CUGUUCUUGGAGUGGAUGAAUAGUUUCCCCCACAACAACGUAGUUGACCAAUCAGCGAUCGUCUAGGUGUGACGUCAGAAUAACUUCCCCUUCUUACUACGGUUAAAAAUUACAAACGAAGUAAAACCCCGGCAAACUUAAAAUCAUGGCUUGUAGAUCAGCUGUACAUCCAAAUUCUGUCGUCUGUGAUAUACCUUUUAAAGGCAUUAUUGACACAGAAAUUAGGGCUUAUUUGCUCAACGAACUCAUCAAAUAUAUUUUAUAUGAGAAAAGCCAAAUGCCUGAGAUGUUUGACCAACUCAAGAAACAUAUCAAUGUUCGUGGUAAAAAUGCAAACCCCAAGAGUUCAAACAAGAAUGACAGACAGGCUUUCUUACUUUAUUCUAGCUGUGAAAAGUUAUUUGGAAGUAUUGUGGCUAAUUUCCAAACUAACCCCCAAAUCCAAGAGUGUGCCAUUAUCCUUGGUUCCUCAGCUCUCAGCCCCAAAGAGGUGUUCCACAUCACUUUUCCUCCUGCAGACUCUAGUCAACACUCACAAAAGCCCCUGUCUGCCAAAGACUGCAAGCGAUUUCUUUUCUUACAGAUUUUCGCAAAGGACCCAUUCUUUAGUGGUUCAAGACUCCCGUGCACCAACAUGCAUGUGUUACUGCUUGGCCCACGCCAGCUUAAGUUGACUGGCUUCUCUGCCAAACCUGUCUACAAACCUUCAAAACGUGGACAACAUUAUUACUUGAACUUAUUACAAGAUAGUGACCCAGAUGAUGAUGAAGUCUCUUUCCAUCCUAAACACAACUACAGUCAUGAUUUGUCUGGGUUUGAACCACUCAUGCCAUCCAAGAAAGAUGACAGUGUCCUGAGUGAUCUUCAUGCCUUAAACCUUUUGGACGAUGAUGACGACUCUCAAAUAUGGUAUCAGGCAAACAUUAGUGUAAAAGGUUAUCACAUAACUAUGCCAAAACAUUUAUAGCUCACAUACUUUCUGAAAAGAAUUUGGCUGAAAUGGAUGGACAGGAUAUGAGGAUUUGAGAUUCUGGUUUAUUAAAAUUGAUAACGAUGGGAUAAAAUGACUUGCAGUAUUUAUAUUCCUUUAUAUUCUGGGUUCAAAUCCAGCCAAGGUCAGCUUUGCCUUUCUUUCUAGGGAUAAAUAUAAUAAAAUACCAGUCAAGUUCCAGCAUUGAUUUAAUUAACUAUACACCUUUUCACCAAAAUUUAUGCCGUAUUUGUUUUAUUUCUAUUUUUAUCAUCAUUAUGAAUUUAUGCAUGUAUAUGUGUGUAUAGAGUUUUUACAUACGCACAAACAGAAUUGGAUGUUGCUAUUAAAGAAUGAGAACAAUUCAAAACUA